CAUUGUUUCGUGUCUCUUGAAGAAGACACUCUCGAAGAGCACAACACCAAAACCAACCAUGCUUAAACCCACAGUUAGGCGCUCCGCUUGCGACCAGUGCAGAGCAAAGCGAGUUCGAUGCCUCCGCGGCCAAGACAGCACGGCUCCUUGCGCCCGCUGCUUCUACAUGAGCGCGCGAUGCGUGACGGGCGCCUCUGGUCAUCCCGGGAGACCGCGCAAGCAGCGUCUCGCAAGCAGUGAUGGUGAUGGCACGCCGAAGGCCAUGGUGACGAGCCCUGUCGAUAACUUGUCGCCUGCGUCUCAUGGCAUGUCGACGUUGGGGGACAGUCUACACGGCAUCGUCGCAGGACCGGCUCACGAGCAGCCACAGCCGGAUUUCUUCUUUGACUCCCCUUUGAUCCAUCAGGGCCCUACGCCAGGCCAAGAGCAAGAUAUGCCCUCCUUGGAGCAUCAGCGGAGCAGCUCACUGUCACAGUCCCAGUCCCAGGGACUUCUCAAUGCAGACGAUGAAAAUGAACUCAACGCCAUGCUUCACAUGGGCGGGGACUCUAGCAAUGCCCUCGAUUGGAUGCUGAUCCCCUCCUUUGAUAGGGAGGGCGAGGUUACUCUGCCCCUGACUCCUCCCCCGUCGCAAUGCUUCAGCGCGGUAAGCUCUCUGGCGGGAUUCCGAGACGAGAUAGACCAGCGCAUCGCGAGCAUCGACGCCUACUACUCAGAGCCCUCCAAAGUCGUGCAGCGCUGCAGAGACGACGAGGACGAGGGCGCGGGCCGGGAUGUCGAGAACCCGGCAGCGUCGCUUCUUGCGUGCAGCAGGAAAUUCAUCGACAUCAUCCAGAGCUUGACGCCGGCGGCUCAGCUGCAAACGCACGCCGAGGAUGCGCUCAGCACCGAGGUGGUGCUCCUGGCUCUGUCUAGCUACCUUGCGUUGAUGAGGCUUCUCGACGCCCUGUUCCAUCGCAUCUACAAGUACCUCUGCCAGGUGCCGCGCGAGUCGUGGCAGUCCAUCAAGGUCAAGUCGGUGCUGCGCAUCGGCGGCGUCUCGUCGCUCCAGGACAUGCCGCUCAAGGCGUAUGCCAUGGGCAUCCUCGACGCCAUCCAGGGCCAGGUGCGGACCGUGGAGCGCUGCAUGGGGAUUCCAGCCGAGUACUGCCUCUCGGGCGAGGCGGUUUCUUUGUCUACCGCCGCUCCGGGGAUACUAUCGCGUGCAGAUCGGGCGCGGUUGUUUUGGGUCGUUGUGGCCCAGGAGGAUGUCAAGUCACGGCGAGGGAGCAAGUCGUACGUAGAGUCGAUACGAGCCAGUAUCAAGGAGUCACUGGCAUUUCUCGAUGGCUAG